AGUUCGACCGGACUCAUUAUCCCGACUUAAUUGCUCGUGAGCACUUGGCGAAAGCAGCUGGUUUGGCCGAAUCCCGUGUCCAGGUCUGGUUCUCUAAUCGCCGAGCCAAGUGGCGUCGUGAGUCGAAGCAGACUUCAUCUCCUUCAGCACCUUCAUUCAGUGAUUCAGCCUUGGUCACCCAUGCAAGGGACAAGGCUAUUGACACUCUUGAACUACUUGAGAAAUCAAAAGAAGUAGUUAAUCAUUCAUUAUUGGCGCAUUCAUCUUCUCCUGCCAUAAAUCCGGUGUUAAGAACACAGCCAAGUAAAAAGGACUCCCAUGUUCCCCCAAAUCAAUUGUCUCACGACCAGAUGCCAGCAAAAAUGUCAUCAGCAUUGACAGUCAUGGCGCUAACUCAUACUUCUUCCUUGUCUUCUCCCAAUUUGCAUGCUAAGGAGACGAAAAGUUACGUAAAGUCAGGGGACGAUCAAAUUAACUUGAAUGCAGAAUUAAAUUGCACCAGCGACGUAGCUGAAUCAACUUGUAUAAAUUCCAUAAGCUGCUUGACAAUAAUCGAAGAUCGUUCUGUUCUCAAACUUGCUGGUUCGCAGCCAGAUAAAGUCAAGUUAAACAAUGCAACUCCAGUCAUUGAUAAUAAGAUACAAGUCAACGGAUGGCAUGAUAGAAUGGAUAAGCGAAUGUCUUAG